AUGUCCGACACGAAUCACGACGAGCGCGAUGUCACCGGAGAGGACCCCAUGGUCAACGAGGAGGGUAAUGAUGAAGAAGAGAUUUCAGCAAUGAAGAAACGCGUCGCCGAGAUGGAGCAAGAGGCGGCUAAGCUCCGCGAGAUGCAUGCUGCACUAGAGGAGAGAGGACAAGAGGUCUCAGAGGACAGAUCCGACGUUGAUAGCCGAAGUAUCUUCGUCGGAAAUGUCGACUACUCUGUCUCUCCUGAGGAGAUACAAGCUCAUUUCCAGAGCUGUGGUUCCAUUAACCGCGUCACUAUCCUGCUGGACAAGUUUACUGGCCAACCCAAAGGUUACGCGUACGUCGAGUUUACUGAACCGAGCCUCGUCGCCCAAGCGUUGGUGCUGAAUGACAGUGUCCUUAAGGGACGUAACAUCAAAGUUACUCCCAAGCGAACCAAUAUUCCGGGUCUUAGCCGUGGCCGUGGUGGCCGCGGCCGUGGCGGGUUUGGCGGUUCGGGACGAGGCUAUUAUGGUGGAAGAGGUGGGUUUGCGCCACGAGGAGGCAUCUACCGGGGUGGUUAUCGGGGUCGAGCACGAGGCAGCGGUUUUAAUCCUUACUGA